AAAGAAUCGAUUUACGAAUCGAAUCGGUAGAAUCGGAACUUCUCUAGGCAUUUCUGAUGUAAACACAAACGUUUUUCGUGAUUGUAUGUGACGUAUACUUGACAUUUUAGUGAUCUGCAGUUGAUCAAUGAUAUUAUUCCAUUAUUGGUGUAAUUUAUCACCACAUUGGUGAAGGUGUGAGAAAUACGGACGUAUUUCAUUUCAGUGAUAUCGUGGUAUAAUCAAUUGGACCUUCCUGAAGUUUGCACUCUGAAAAUUUCUGAUCAUGCAUUCUGAGCAACAAUUUUGUCUUCGAUGGAACGACCACCAAAGUACUUUGGUGGCUAUUUUUGAAGCAUUACUGGACAGUAAUACAUUAGUUGAUUGCACUUUAGCAGCUGAAGGACAAUGUUUGAGAGCUCAUAAAGUAGUUUUGUCUGCCUGCAGCCCGUAUUUCCAGUUGUUACUGAGCCAACACACAGACAAACAUCCAAUUGUUAUCCUAAAAGAUGUGAAAUUUGAAGAACUAAAGGCAAUGGUGGAAUACAUGUAUCGUGGGGAGGUUAACAUUCCACAAGAUCAACUGGGGCCACUGUUGAAAGCAGCAGAAUCUCUUCAGAUCCGAGGCCUUGGUGGGGCCAGCAACAAGGAAACAAGUGGAAAGUCUGAUAAAUCUGUUCCAUUUCACAAAGAAGGAGAGAAGAAGCGAUUGCCCCAACAAUCAGGAUCAAUUAGUCCUCCUCCACGCCCUCUUUCAUCAGGUGCAGUGGGUGAUCAGCCAAGGAGCAAUCAGACUGCUGCCACUAGGAGGGGAAGUGUUUCUCCCACACCACGAAAGCGUUCAAGACCUCUUCGCACUACUGAUGGAACUGAUGCUCAUAGUUCCAAUGAACCUUGUGAUCCAUCUUCUCAAAGCCAUCCUUCCCUAGUUCCUGAUACAUCCUCUAUACCUAAUCUUCCUUCUCUUUCAGCACUGAACCAAAGCACGGUUUCUGCAAGCAAUUCAGAUUGGACCGAUAUGAACACAGGAAAGGCAUCUUCUCUCCCAACAUCUUCAUCAGUAGAAAGCAUUCCACCACUGGCCCCAUUGUCAUCAUCAUUCAGUGAUUCUAUAGGAGAAUCUUCAGGGAACAGAAAGUGGCCCGAGAUAAGACUGAAGGGAACUUCAUCCCCUGCGCACACAAAUCCUUUAUCAGAAGCAGCAGCUGGAGAUUCGCAGAAAUUGCUUCCCGUUUCAGAGAUCCUUCUGGUUCCAAAGACAGAAUAUGUGGAGGUGGAGGAUGAUUCUCUGCCCCAGGCGAUGUUGGAGGAUGUUCACGACAUGGAUGUUAGUGGACCCUCCCACGCAGAUGGAAGUGGAGGCAGUGCAGCGUUUGUACCGUGGCUAGAAAACCUUGAAGGAAUGGUAGAUGAAGCAUCAGGACAAGACAUGGCUGCUGCCUAUCGAGCCUCCCAAGUGUAUGAAACUGUGGACAUCAUGCCACACACAGCCACUAGCAGAAGCCGCAUGGGGAAAGUGGCGAGAGGAAUCUUAAGCUCUGAAAGUGCCUCUGGCUCAAGGAGAGGGAGAAAAUUAUCAUGUUUGCGCCGCAGAAGAAAGGAAACAAUGACUGAAGAAGAGAGAGAGCAAUUGAGGACAUAUGAAAGGGAAAGGAAACGAGUGCAGAGAGCCAAGAAGGCUGCUCGAGUACAAGCCACCCAGUCAUCAUCGGCAUUGUGGGGAACAUCUUUUAAUCAGAUCCGGGUCCGCAAAGGGAACACGUGUUGCAGCGUGGCCGGAUGCACAACGUCCUACCGGAACUCUGCCAAGAGCGUCAAGUUCUACCGCUUUCCAGCGAGGAAGCACGACCAGCCGUUACGACAAUUGUGGAUCGAUUGUAUAAACAGAAAUAGGAUUCAAGAAGCCCUGGCAGCCAACAAAAUAUUCAAGAAUUUGCAGUAAACAUUUUAUUGGCAAUAGGAAAUCAUUUGAUCCAAGGAGUCCUUCAUACGCACCAACCUUAUUCAGCAAAUGAAUUGUGAAACGUGGAAUGGGUGUCAACUUUACCGUAACCGUAUUUACAUGUAAACGUCUUUCCAUUGUAACUGCAUUAUUUGUGGUGGUAAAUGAAAGUAGCAAUGCCAUGAAAGUAUUUUAUUUUGGCUUAUCUUAUUUGUACAGACUAUCUCUUCUGCCUGACCCGCGACCAGGAUUGUCAGAUUCGUUUUGGGAAAAUGCGUCAGAGGAAUAAAAAUCUGCCCAAUUCCGCCAAAUGCCUGUGUUGUGAAAAAAGCGGACUCUGUCUGGCACGGGGACUCAUAAUUUCAAAUCAGCUGCACGUUCACAAGAUGUUUAAAACUAAAAACCCUUUUGCAUAAAACAUACUUAUCAUAAGCCAUCAAUACUGUCAGUCAAUACAUGUCAAAAUCAAUAAUCAAUACACACAAUAUUUAGAAAAAGGUGGGUACUGUAGGGUACCUUUUUUAAUUAAAGAUUAGAAAGAGGGCUCUGACACUUGCAAGAUGUUCAGCACUAAAACUCUUCUGCCGUCGGCGUCUUUCAGUCGCUAUCAAUAUUCGUACAAUUUUUUUAGGAAAAGGUCUGUAUCUUGAUGAUGAUUACAAUGAUGGCGCUGAUGAUUUAAGCGAAAAAAACAUCACAUUGCGCAAAUUCCUCCCGCAAAAAGCAUUUUCUUCCAUCGUCAUUUAUUCCAAUGCAAUAAGUCGUCGACAUCCAAAUUACUUCAAAAUCUACAUGACGACCCCCGAAUCACUUGCCUAACCAAUUCCCCGUGCGGACUUGCGACUGAAAAUAAAAUAUAAAUUUGCGUCUGAUAAUAUUUCCAGUAAUAAGAUACUUGCGAACAACGAAAACGGACUUUCGUCCCUGGUUCUGGCGGCCACCUUUAUAAUAGCCUUUUAAAGACGUUUUCGCAUUAAAAUUGAACUAAAGUUUUUUUCCCCCCUCAUGUUUAAGAGCCUGUCUAACAUGAAAGGCAGUUCGGUUGAGGUAGCACAGAACUUUUUUAAGAACAUUUUUUAAGUUCUGACAACAAGUAAAUUUACAUUGAAUGUAGUGUAGCUUUAAUUUUAAUUCAUGUCAAUAAUUAAAAUGUUUAUGCAAG